UUGUUGCAGCCCCAGACAGGGCGGCCCGUUACCAAGCACUGCACCGCGCAGGGUCUGACAACGACGACAGCAACGGGCAUUGACAUAAGGAAUACUGCCAGCGUGAUAACAACACAGACACUCCUGAAUACAGUAGGGGAUGGCAGUGAAUGUGUACGCCACAUCUGUGUCCAUUGACAACCUCAGCCGACAUGACAUGCUGGCAUGGGUCAACGAUUCUUUGCAUCUCACCUACACCAAGAUUGAACAGCUCUGUUCAGGAGCAGCAUAUUGCCAGUUCAUGGACAUGUUGUUUCCAGGCUGCAUCCUUCUGAAGAAGGUCAAAUUUCAAGCCAAGCUGGAGCAUGAAUUUAUACACAACUUCAAAGUUCUUCAGGCAGCUUUUAAAAGGAUGAGUGUUGACAAAAUAAUUCCUGUAGAAAAGCUUGUAAAAGGGAAGUUCCAGGACAACUUUGAAUUUGUGCAGUGGUUCAAGAAGUUCUUCGAUGCCAACUAUGACGGGAAGGAGUAUGACCCUUUACUAGCCAGACAGGGGCAGGACGUGGCCCCUCCCCCCAACCCAGGUGAUCACUUUAUCCACAAACCAAAGAGAAACCCAGGACCACAGAGGACAUCUCCAACAGUUCCCAAAAAUAUGCCAACACCACAGAGGGUCCAACACAACACUCCAGCCCUGAGGAAGAAUCCAGCUUUGUCUAGAAAUGGGGGCAGUGAUGCUGAGAUCAUGGAGCUAAAUCAACAGUUGAUGGAGUUGAAGUUGACUGUAGACGGACUAGAGAAGGAGAGAGACUUCUACUUCAGCAAACUACGGGACAUCGAGCUGAUCUGCCAGGAGCACGAGAGUGAAAACAACCCCAUCCUCAGCAGGAUAAUCAACAUUCUCUACGCAACAGAGGAAGGCUUUGCGCCUCCAGAUGAUGAGGACCUCGAUGAACAAGCUCACCUGGACCAGGAUGAAUACUGAACCCUUCAUCUCCCUCCCCUCUAACAUCUCCAUCCUCCCUUUCCUUUUCUUUUUGCCCUCAUUUGUUUUCUACUCUCUCUGCACGCUCUCUAUAAAUACUCACCAUUAUCCCUACACUUUGUCCAUGUUUUCUUUUCUUUCUCAUAAAAAUAUCAGUUCGUAACCCCCG